AUGGAAUUACAUGGACAACCAGCCGGUGAUGCUUUGGAAGGUGCUGCAAACUAUGUACACCGAUCCAUUCUCAAAAUCAGCGAAGAUUCUGAUUUAUAUUACAAAUUAAAGUACGACCCGUACCAACCAGACAAAAUAACAAUGUCUGGUCUUGCAACGGGCGAUUACCAACCGCUUAAUGAUUUGGAGAUACCAGAAUUUGUUCAUGGUAAUUUGAAGCCAAUUCCGCAGGAACUAAAAGAUCAGCUUAACAGUACACAAAGUAUUUGUACAAUGGGUAUAUUACCCGAAAUUGGACGUGCUUAUAUGACAAUUGAUGCCGACCUAUAUGUUUGGAAUUAUGAAGACAGUUCGGAUUUAGCUUACUUCGAUGGAAUACCUAAUACAAUUACUAAAGUGGCAAUUGCGAAACCAAAGGCUGGAGUGUUUCAGAAACAUAUUCAUUGCUUGGUUAUUGUAGCGACAACAAAAGAAAUUGUCUUAUUGGCAGCAAGUUUCACAAGUAAUAAUAUGACAGUCACAGAUAUGUCCUCUCUUCCGGACGAUUUCAGGCAAGCUGAUAUGUAUCUCCUUCCGGAUGCUCUUUUCAAGGUCCCAAUUGACGACGCAACUGUAUCUGAUAUAAUUGCAACAUCAAACGGUCGUAUUUUUUUCACGGAAGAGGAAAUUUUGUAUGAGCUUGAUUAUCAGGAUAAAGGCUGGUUCAGUCGUCGAUGUCGUAAGAUAAAUCAUUCCAAAAGCUUCAUUAGUUAUUUUUUGCCUUCGGUAUCUUUGAUCACAGGGAAAGAAGAGCGGUUGGUACGAUUAUGUUUGGAUGAUAUUAGGCAUAUUUUAUAUAGUCUUUCCGAAAAUGGUUCCAUACAGGUUUAUGAUCUGCAUGCUGAUGGAAAUUCAAUAGUUAAGGUGGCAUCGCUCAACCAUGGUCAAAUUCAGGAGCUUGCUACAACAGAAUGCCGAUCCGUAGAUGCUUCUUUUUUUGUCGACAUUGUGGGCAUUAGUCCAGUACCUUAUACGCAGUCCCGAUAUCUGCAUCUUAUUGCGACAACAAGGAAGGGUGUUCGUUUAUUCUUUAGUUGUUUUCCACCAGCACCAAAGAACGUUUAUCAGGUGGCUUCGAAAUCAUCUGUAAUGAAUUGGAUGGAAGGCAUGAGACCAAGUUGUUUGCGCUUGAAACAUGUCCGCUUGCCUCCAGGGUAUGGCAUUUCGCCGGUAUCCUUCCAUCCGUUCUCCAUUUACGAUACUUUCUACGCUCAUGAAAUUGGUAUUAUGGCUGGCGAAGCUGGUAUCGAUAUUUCUAAUCUUUCGGUUUUUUGCUCAUCAAACUUCCCAGCUUCUGAAUAUCUUGUAGAGAAUGUGACACAACUACGUCUCAGAAGUUUGGUAAUGACGAUAACAAAAACUGUAUCCAGAGCAUCUUUUUCUACAGCUACAUCCUCCCGUCAUUUAGCAGGUCUUUCACUUUUCCGAGAUACGUCUGGGAAAUUCAUUAUUUUAUGCGAAAAGGGAAUACAAAUCAUCGAUCAUCGUGCUCCCAUUGAUAUGUUACGUGAUAUUCUUCUCCAAUUCGGACCUGAUUCUUCACAUGCUAGCCAUUUCACGCAGUUACAUGGAUUGGUUAAUGUUGGCGAUAUGAUUCUCACAAUUCUUUGCACAGACUGCGGAGCAAGCAGUGCGAUAAAGGAUUCAGCUUUACGACUGUUUUUUAUGUUGGGCAAUGAAAAGGUCCGAAGCAGAUAUUUGACAUCACCUUUCCGCACGAACAGUUUGAGCCAGUUGUCAACCAUUAGCGGGUCACUUUCUGAUAUUUCUCUGCAGAUUCGCUCUCCACUAUUCUCAUCCACUCCCCAACAACAAAAACGUUUUGUUCGUCCGACAAGAGAUUCCUUUCCUGAAAUGCAGCAAAUAUUAAGCGAUGACGAAACUUCUCUGUCUGCCGAGAUUCAAACAUACGCAUCGAUGAGCUCCCGACAUGAUGCGCUGUUCCUUCAUUUUUCUCGGAUUGUUGAAAAUUUGUGGACCAAGCCUUUAUGCCAGUUGCUUCCAGACAACAAACUUAUUAGUGUAUAUGGCGUUGAUGAGCUAGAGUGGUUAAUAAACCAGCUGAUACCAUUCAAAAAAAUCAUCGACGAUUACGGGUUGAUUGGGAAUGUUCAGGAAUAUGUUCAGCCAUUCAUAAUAGAUAGAGAUACUCCAGGCUGUCGCACUGAAGCGGCAUCGCAUUCUGAACGUCGUUCAUUACUGAGUUUCUGUCAACUUCUAUCGCUAACUAUAGAGGUGCUGAUGUUAUGGAAAAUCUUAUGUGAGCAUCAGUUUCACGUUAUAGCAAGUCUUCUCAGUACGCAAAGUCGAAGUUCUCUGAAUGCCACUAGUCUCUGCAGUAUAGUACUGAGUGGUCAGCAGCUGUGUGCCGAUUUAAUAACAUGCCUAGUUCGGCAUUAUUUGGGUGACAAUGCAACAACUAAUGUAUUAUGCAGCGAAUUGCGUGAUUGUUGCCCUUCACUUUUUUCAGUGGAUGAUGCCAAUACAACGAAGGCCACAGAAAUGAUCGAGGAAGUGCGUCGUUUGCCGCCAUGUUCGGCACGAACAGAAAUAUUGGCAGAAGCCGUUAGACUGUUAAAGACAGGAAUUCAGAAAAUUAAUUUGCCAAUGAUUUGUCAGCUUCUCUACGAAGUGGAUUACGUAGAAGGGAUAGUAGAUUUGGCAUUGGAACGUGCGGAACGUGAUGAUACAAAGUUACUGGCUGUAAUGGCAUACAAAAAUCACUGUGGAGAAAACGAUAUAUUUGCGCAAGAAGCGUUUGCAAAAAGAAAGGAUGCAUACAAAUGCAUAAUUGAUGCUUUGGAUCGUCUGAUGAAUGAUCAAAAAACUGCGGGUACAGUGGAUCUACUUAAUCCAUCGAAAGAUCUCAUCAUCCGAAAAGUUUUGGAAUCGAAAGACGAACUUGCAAAUGUGGCCAUUUUUAAAUGGCUUCUGGAUAACGAUUUUAGCAAUGUUGUUUUACAGAGUAAAUCUCCAUUCCUAGAAUCAUUCCUUCAUCGCUGUGUUGAAGAAGGUGGCUCAAGUCGUUACUUAGAUCUCUUAUGGCGAUUUCAUGAGCGAAACGGUGAUCAUGUGAAAGCAGCUAGUCUUUUAUACCAACUUGCUCAACGCGAAACGGAUGCAUUUGAUAUUCAACGUCGUGUUGCAUAUUUGUCGCAAGCUGCAGUGUGUGUUCAGGCAGCAGGUCCGCAAGUUGAUAAAGAUGACUUACAUGAUCUGAUACUAGAAAUACGUGACAAGCUUGAUGUUGCGCAAAUUCAGCUUGCUACUAGGGAUUUGGUACAAUCGAUGCCGCAGACUCGUGAAACGGUUAUAGCCAGAAAUAGUCUUGAAAAACAAUUAUAUACGGUGCAGGAACUUUUCGAGAAAUUUGCUGUUCCAUUGGAUUUACCGGAGAUCAAGCUUGCUCUCUGUUUUUGCUCAUCAACUUAUGAUGAAGAUGCUAUCGAGGAUUUCUAUACUGAAAUAAUUGACAGAGAGUUGUUUUCAUCUGAAGGCGAAUCACGGGAGGUGCGCAUUCAGCGUCUAGGUACGCAAAUAGCUAGUUUAGCAAAGAAGUAUUCACUGGUACCGAAAUAUUAUCCUCUUGAGAUGAUACUGUCGAAAUUGUUGAACAGAGGAAUGCGCGAAGGCUUUUCACCUUCGUUUUUUCAUUUCAUCGGUGCAAGAAUUGAUGCGCCACUAAAUGUUAUGGUUGAUACAUUGUCAUCAAUGUUCAGGAAAGAUCCCUUUUAUCAGAAGAAUAAUACAGCAUCACGUUACUUGAUGCGGUCAGCAUUACAUGUUAUAACACAGUUUGUGGAAAAUUCCUCUCGUACUUAUCAGCAGAGCAAGACAUCACUGGCUAGCAAAUGUUUAGAUUUAAUAGCGGCAUUUUUGAUAAAUCUUUCACAAGCAGAGUCCACUGUUUCUGACCAGAAAAAACUCGCCGAAACGUUCAAAUCUUUGCAAAAUAUGUUGGAAACUAUGUGA